AUGACCUCUGCCACUCCGCAAAGCAAAGCAGUCCUCUACUCCUUUCCCGGCAGCGUCUGGGCCUCAGUCCCUCGCCUCUGUCUAGUAGAAAAGGGCUACGAGGCUCACGACGUCGAAAUCAAGACGGUCAAUCUCCUUCUGGGCGAGAACUUCUCCCCGGCCUACCUUCGUAUCAACCCUAAAGCCACUCUGCCCACCUUGGUCGUCCCGCUCGCAGAGACCAUGUCCAGCGAAAUGGAUACCAAGUUCCGCGCAAUCACCAGCACGAGGGAGGUGCUCAAGUUCCUCGACCAGAGCCGCAGCGCGCAUAUUCUCGAUCAACGCGGGGAGAAUGCUACGGCUAACCCCGCGCCUGUGCUCGCGCCUGCCACGGUCGAGGGGAAUGCCAUUGCGGAGAAGUUCUUGGAGAUGGUUCAUGGCAUGGAAGCGGACCCCAACUUCUUGCUGCUGGCGGCAAAGAGUCCCGAAGAUGUCAAGAAGCAAGCGGGCGCGAUGCAGGGGACUUUUGUGAAGAAUCGCCAUGCCGCCCUUCAGAAGUACCGCAGCGAAGCAGCCUCCUCUUCCUCAUCAACAGAGAACCCGCGCACGCAACAACAGUCGGCCGCCCUCAUCAAGUGGUACGACGACAAGCUUGCCGAGGAGAAGCCUCUCGUCGAUGCAUACAUUCGCGGUGAUGCACAAGCCAUCGCUGGGCUGGCCGCAGCAGGGCAAAAGGCAUGGCAACACGUCCCCGUCGUCCUGGAUGCGAUUGAGGCCGAGCUGGCGGGGCAGGGCGCCGCUGCUGGAGACUCAGCAGCAGCCGCAGCGAGUGGAAGUGCCGGUGGUCCCUACCUGCUGGGUGGGCAGCUGAGCCUCGUCGAUUUGCAUGUGGGCGCGUGGCUGGCACGCAUCCUCGCUGUUGCUGAGGGCAUGGCUGGCGGAGCAAAGGGCAUCGACGCACUGAAGCAGAUCUUGGCGCAGGAGAGCGGCAACAAGGGUGUGGGGGCGAGAACAGAGGCAUACUGGAAGGCAUUGAUGGGUCGACCUUCCUUCCAGGAGGUAUACAAGGAUGGGCUGCACUGA